GGAAGGGAAAAACACAGGGAGAUGUCAACUCUGCAAAUGCUCGUCUGAAACUCGCUCUAAUUCUCUCUCUCUCUCUCUUGCAAAAACACGCAUCUACACACACAACACAAAGGAAAUGGGAUCGCCGGACGGUGGUUACUCUUCAUCCAAUGACGGAGCUCAACCGGCGCAGUCUCCACCUCAUAAACCGCAACCUCCUCCUCCUUCAGACUACACAGAGACUACAUAUCUGAGGUUUCUUGCAUCAAAUGCUGAAGCUGGUUCAAUUAUUGGAAAGGGUGGAUCAACAAUAUCUGAUUUCCAAUCACGAUCUAAUGCACGAAUUCAGUUGUCACGGAACUAUGAGUAUUUUCCAGGAACAUCUGAUAGGAUUAUUAUGGUGUCUGGAACAAUUGAUGAAGUUCUCGAUGCUGUUGAACUUAUCCUGACUAAGUUGAUGAAUGAGUUCUAUGCUGAAGAUGGUGAGGAGGUUGAACCAAAAUCGAAAGUUAGGCUGAUUGUACCUAAUGGCUCUUGUGGCGGAAUCAUUGGAAAGGGGGGAUCCAUGAUAAAGUCGUUCAUUGAAGAUUCUCAAGCUAACAUUAAGAUAUCCCCUCAGGAUAACAGCUAUAUUGGAUUGAAUGAUAGGUUGGUAACAGUAGCUGGCACCUUACAGCAGCAGGUGCAAGCCACUAAUCUGAUUCUAUCAAGAUUGUCUGAAGAUCUUUACUACAUACAGUCUAUUGGUCCCCCAUUUCCAUAUGCUGCACCUUACAGUGUACCAAACUACGGACCAAAUGGGGCUGGUAAAAAGUUUCAGAACACUAAGGAAGAUAUCAGUAACUCAGUGACCCUGGGUGUUGCGGAUGAGCAUAUAGGGAUUGUUGUUGGCCGUAGUGGUAGAAAUAUUACGGAAAUUAGUCAGAUUAGUGGAGCUAGGAUUAAGAUUUCCGAAAGAGGUGAUUUCAUACCAGGGACCUCUGAUAGGAAAGUAACGAUCACUGGAUCUCAAAGGGCAAUCAAUGUAGCAGAGGCCAUGAUAAUGCACAAGGUUGCUUCGGCUUCGUCUCCCCCUCCAGCUUCGACUCCCGAGAGGUGAUAACGCAUCGUUAAUGAGGUUUUCCCUUUCUGUCGUUGUUAGAGAAUCAAAAUCACAAGUUUUUUACCUGUUGCCAAUACUGUUUCUUGUUCGUAUGAUAUUUAAAUCGUUACUAUUUCUGGCGGUGGUUGCCACCAAAAUCACAGAGAAACAGUAUAAACAGAACAUAUCAUUUGC